UGCUCAUGGAGCUACCGUUCCUCGAGAACGUCUGCCGGGAGACUCUAAGAUUGCAUGCCGCAGUGACCUUCAUGACUCGCACAGCCCGCUCCGCUUCUGUUCUUCCUCUGCUCUAUCCGCUGACCGGCACUGACGGCAAGACCAUCACCGAGAUUCCCGUCGCUGAGAACCAGAACGUGCACAUUGGGAUCGCAGCGGCGAAUCGCGACCCGAAGAUCUGGGGUCCCGACGCGAAC